GAACAAAAUACAAGUGCUCAACUAUUCCAGCAUCCACACACGUGAUUUAGUAGACAAAUCUUCUUUCUGAUGUGAUGUAAUCACAGAAUGUAUCAAAUUAAAUCUUAAGUUUGUGUUUGUUAUGGGUUCAUUUGAAGUCACCAUUAUUGUGAUUAGCGUUUCCUUAAGUUAGACAUUCGUCCUCUGACCUUUACUGAACUGAUUUUCCUCUUUUAGCAAUUGUAACAUUGUUUUAUUAAGACUGCUUGUUCAUUGCUUGAUGUGGAGGGAAAACUUUUCAUAGCAUUUUAAAUCACACUGAUGUUCCCAUUCUUUAAUAAUUAUUUUCUUUACAAUGUCCUAUCAUUAUACCUUUAAAAGUUUGAUGUUUUGUCUUUAUUUUGUUUCUUCAGCACUUGUUGAGUUUAUCAACUUCUUCUCUCCUCCUUAUGCAUAUAUGUGUAAAUCUCCAAUCGCUAAUGCAGGUGGAGACUGUAUUCCUUGACACUGGUAAAAAUCAGAAUUGUGACAGUCAUUACCACAACAUGAAGAAACAUCAACUUUGUUGUGUAAUGAUUGAGAGAUGUAUGAAGUGUUGAGUGUCUUUUCUCUCCAGUACAGCAGGAGGCGCUCUGCAGCUCUUUAGUCCGCCAAUAAACCCACUAAAGAAAGAAAGAAAGAAAGAAAGAGCUCGCGUGUGAUGUGUUUGUGUAUCCUCAGUGUUUUUCUCUCUUGAGUGUUUUAUUGAGUGUAAACAGAGUCUUGUCUCUGUGUAUUUUAGUGUUGAUGAUGAGAUGGAUGUGAUGUGCUGUAAAUCAGGAACUGAUCAGGGCUUACAGGAUGAGGAAUCUACUGAUCAAACCUCCACAGAGUCUCUGGAUUCUGUCUGUAACGCUGGAGAACAGCAGCAGAUCCUGCAGACCAAACUUAACAUGUGUUCAGUCAAACUCAUCGACUUCAGGAUCCUCAUGAUGAAGAUAAAAACUGAACCUACAGAAAUAAAAACUGAACCAACAGAAGAUGAAUAUGAAGACAAUCAUAAUGAUGGUCAUAAUUUUUUUCUGUCAGAUGUAAAGAGUGAAUUGUGUUUGGAUGGAGAAAUAACGUCCUCAACUCUUUCCUGCGUCAGCGGUGGAGAGACAUUGAGAUAUUUAGAGAGCCAUGAGAGAAAACACACAGAACAUGAACAUCAUCUGAAGAAACACACUAAUGAGAGACCGUAUCAGUGCAUAUCACACAAAACACUACACACUGAACAAAAACCCUAUCAAUGUUCACACUGUGAUAAAAGUUUCAGUUAUAAAUCUAAGCUGAUAAUCCACGAGAGACUUCACACUGGAGAGAAACCUUAUCACUGUUAUGUUUGUGGGAAGAGUUUUAAUCGACAUGAGAGUUUAGUGAGACACCAGAGAACUCAUACAGGUGAAAGACCUUACAAAUGCUCUCAGUGUGAGAAGACGUUUGCUCAUGCAAGUCACUUAAAAGCCCACAAGAGAAUUCACACUGGAGAGAAACCUUAUCACUGUAAUGUUUGUGGGAAGAGUUUUAGUCAUAGUGACAGUUUGGUGAGACACCAGAGAACUCAUACAGGUGAAAAACCUUACAAAUGCUCUCAGUGUGAGAAGACAUUUGCUCAUUCAGCUUCCUUAAAAGCCCAUGAAAGAAUUCACACUGGAGAGAAACCUUACAAAUGUAAUGUCUGUGGAAGGAGUUUUAACCAACGUGUCGGUUUAGUGUCACACCAGAGAACUCAUACAGGUGAAAAACCUUACAAAUGUUCUCAUUGUGAGAAGACUUUUACUCAGGCGGUUCACUUAAAAGUCCAUGAGAGAGUUCACACAGGAGAGAAACCGUACAUCUGCCCAAUCUGUGGAGAGAGAUUUGCUCAUUCUGGAAGUUUUCAGAAUCAUCAGAAGAAACAUACUGAAACUGUUUUGUAAGAUGCAAAUUAUUCAAGCUUUAUGAGCCAGAUAAUACACCUAAUUUUAUAUGUAAUUCUUUGGAGCAAUAAAAACCUAUGGUUUGUUAUUUUAUA